AUGACAACUGAAGUCCAACAACCUCGGCUCUUCGACCAGUAUUGCCUCGGCAUUUUAUGCUCUAAAAAUCUCUCCCGAGAAUACGUGGAGCAGCUUGCGACAACACUUGAAGAGCAUGGCGGCGAGUCUUUGAUUGUCCAGCCUGGGGCCGAGGUCCCUAAUGUGGCUAGGUUCAGCCAUUUGAUCUCCAACACGAUUGAUUUUGAGGCCUAUGAUACUACUCCCCGUAGUGAAGGGACAAUGGGUCAGCAACUCACUGGCAAAGACCCCGAUCCUCGUCUCUUUAUGAACGACGUGGUGGUUACCUGCGGCGACAUACCUGCGAAGGAUAAGGAUGCGAUAAUCGGCGGUGUGGUGGCGAAGCGUGGACUAUACAGUCCGCGAACCUCUCACAUGGUCACUCACUUGGUGGAUCUCACGGCCGAUUCGGACAAGGCGCGCAUGGCCCAGGCCAAGAAAUUAAAUGUGAAGAUUGUUCUACCGCAUUGGUUCGAUGAUUGUCUGAAACUUGGUCGGCGCAUCGAUGACUAA